GAUGUGUGUGUGGGUCACAGCAACAGAAAAUGACUAGUAGUAGAGAGAGUUGUAACACUUAGUAAUUAUUCAUUGUUGUUUUAGCAAUUGGACACUCUGUAAGAAAGUUGCCGCUCUCUUCUUCUUCUUUUUGUUGUGAAUUACUCGGCCCCCAUCUUUCUUUUAGAGAGCGCGCGCGUGAGGGGAAGGGAGAGAAGAGAGAGAGAGAAAAAACGGCCAAAAGUAAAAAAAGAAGAAAAAAGGUUUAUAGUAUUUCCACUAGACAAGACCCGGGAUUUCUCUCUAUUUUUGUGUUUAACAAAUCUACCCUUUUUUCAUCGCCACCUUUGCUUUCCUACUUUCCUGCUUGCUUCUCGUUCAACGGCUUUUUAUAACCAUACCCUUUCGAUUUCAUCGUCAUUUCAACCCUAGCCUUUUUGGUCUCGCUUGCUGCACUGCAACGAGCAUCGUCAUCAUUAUUAAUACCCUGGCGCUAUCCACCAACUACACACACGUCAUGUUGAGGUCGCUCUGAACGGUCAAGAACAAGAAUAUCGUUUGGAUCAACAAAAAACACCCAAAAAACGAGAACAAUCGAUAUUUAUUUCCGCGACGCUUCCCCCCUUAAAAGAACAUAGGAUCCUCCCCCCAGCGAGAGCCCGUCAUCACUCCUUCAUUUUUUUCCCUUUUGGCUUGGUUGUUUAUACUUGGCACACGGGGAAUUUCUCUUGCAUAGACUUAACAGAUACCGUUUUCUCACGAACAACAACACACGCAUUGUUUUAUUGUGCGGACGCUAUUCUGCACACACACACACAAAAGACGUUUUUAAGCCAUGUCUGCGCUGUUGCAGUCACCUCAACUGGCUUCCAUGAAGCUUCAAACAUCGUCCUUGCGAGAGCCUUCUCUUUCACAAAAGGUGUCGGUGCCGGUACCAGUGUCGGUCAGAAAUGAAUUUGUAGAAAACGCUCUAAGCUUGCUGCGAGAAUUCUUGGCGAGCAUCGACAACAAUGCCGCAGCCGGCGAUUUCCAAUCCGCCACUCUCUCCUUGUCUUGCUUGGGUGAACCUCCACAUCAGAAUGAAAUCCCUUCCUCCCAAACCUCUCUCCCACCCGAAGCGUCGCCCAUUAACUUGGUCGUUUACAAGUUGCGCUCUGCUCGAGUCGCCCGGCAGCAAAGAAGAGAACAGCGUCUUCCUGGCACAACAUCCACAUCGUCACCUAUUCCCAUUCCAAAACAUACCUAUAUACCUGAAGUUUACCAAGUUACGCCCAAAAAGCCCCGAGAUCUCCGUCAAGAAGCGAUUCUACGCGUGUGGGACCAGGCACGUCUACGAAGAUGGUGGGCCUGGCACGACAGGCAAAUGGAACUGUUAAAGGAAGACAAGCUGCAAAAGCAGCGCCGCAGACAAUUCCUAUCAAACUUGCGGACACACCCUUGGAUGCACGAGGAAGCUCGUCAAGACGUUGAGGAAGUCCAACGUAGAAAGCAACGUGCGCAGCUCCUUAGCAAACUCCGUACAUCACCAACAGAGCUGAGCAGCCUGUCCAAGCAACCGGUGGUGUCCCCUCGAACAGAACAAGAGAUUUCGGAAGCGCUGACGCAGCGUCGUGAUUCUUUAAAAAAGCUUCGUGCCCGCACACCGACCUCUCCUAAAAGCGCGAGAUUCUCUCCGAUUACUGGCUACAGUGCUACCAGUCGAACCGCUGAUGACCAUAGAAGAACCCUUGUGGGAGCUCAUUCUGGGGACCUCAAAGAACGCAGAUUACGGGACUUUUGGGAGAGAUGGGCUGCCAAGGAAACCCUGUUUGAACAGCGGAAUGCCAUACGUAACGAAAUGGAUACCGUCCUUGCACGGCCCAGCCCAGCACCGAUCCCAAACAAGCAGAUCCUGCGACUUGCAGCAAAGCGAUGGUGGAUCGAAGAAGAAAAUGCGUAUUGAUUAUAUCUCAUCGACAUUUCGCGAAUGGAUUCGAAAGAACCGCAACCGACAAAAGUUGUCCCGCAACAUGUUUACAAAAACGAAAAACCAAUCCGAUAAGAAAAAAACCAAACCAAAACCUCAAAAGCGUUUUCAAGUGUAUAGAUUCGUCCUAGUUAUUCUUUUUCUUUUUUUUUUUCAAAGCGUUUUUUCCCCCUAUUUCACAACUGUAUACCCCCAGAACAAAAGGGAAAUGGCGUUGGGAAAAAAAAGGAAAAAAGGUCCCAGUGGAAUAUGAUGGAUGGGGAAUUUUUGGUUUAUCAUGUAUAUAUAUACGAGUUUUAUUUUUGGCGUAGAGUUUGGGGAGGUAUUUGGUAGGGUUUGGAUUGUGCAGGUUACAGUUCUUUGUUUUUUGUGCUAGGACCUCAUUUUUCGAUUUCCCCUUUUAGCUUAUAUGGAAACUCUUUUAAUUCUAUGAUGGGUCGUUCUAGCGGGUAGGGAAAAAGGACAGAAUAUAGAUGGGGUGUACUGCUGGUCAAUACAUUAUAUUGUUUUUUUUUUUUUC